AUGGACGGUGAAUGUACAUGCUUAGCUGAAAAUGUUCACUUGCAGGAACCAAGCUCAGUGUCAGGUUCAGUUACUGAUGACAGACAGACACAGAUCCGAGUUGUCGCAGCUCACAAGACAGCGAGUGCGGACUCCACUUCAGUGCUGCAAGCCGUCAGAGAGAGCGAGCGGAGCCGGCUUCAGCGCUCCGGCUUAAGUGGCUUUGCUGUUGAGGCGACUCGUGUCGCUGGAAGCGGGAGGACAGUCCAUCAGGUGUCACCGUUUGAGUCGCUAGUGUUGGGUUACAACAGCGAAUACGAAAUUGUGACUCCGUAUGAAGCUGACAGCAGCGGUGAUUACAUCUCUCAGACAGUAAUCCAUCGGCAGAGAAAGAAGCGAUCAAUACAUAAUGUUGGUGGUGAAUCUCUCUACUUCAAACUUAAUGGCUUUGGUAAGGAAUUUCACUUGGAGCUAAGGACUUCUGAAGGCCUAAUUCCUCCUGGAUUUACAGUUCAGACUUUUGGGAAACGAGGCUUAAAAUCUGUAGAGCAUUAUCAUCCAGAGGAGCUGUGCUUCUACCAAGGUGCUCUAAUAUCACAUAACAACUCUUCAGUGGCACUUUCUACAUGCAAAGGCUUGUCAGGUUUGAUAAGGACAGAAGAAGCAGAUUACUUUUUGACACCUCUACCUCAGCACCUUGCACUUAAGCACAAUUACACAGCACCUGAAGGGCAACAGCCACACGUCCUCUACAAGAGAUCUGCAGAGCCCAAAGUGCCUCUUCUUAAUAACGAGGUUUCCAUGCACCAGAGGCCAAAGGGGAUUGAACGGAACGAUCAUAAACACCAUCAUCAACAUAGGCACCGUAAUGACUACAAGCACGGACAACUCCAAAAGCAGCACUACUGUGGAAGACGCAAGAAAUAUAUGCCUAAACCUCCAGGAGCAGAUAUGUAUAUUUUACCAGAUGAGUAUGGAAGCCUGCCCAGAAGCAAACGUUCCUUGUUUAAGAUGCGUAAAAAUCAGAAGCUCAAUGUGGAAACGCUGGUUGUGGUAGACAAGAAAAUGAUUGAGAACCACGGCAAUGAAAAUAUCACCACUUAUGUCUUAACUAUACUAAAUAUGGUGUCCACCCUGUUCAAAGAUGGCACAAUAGGAGGCAAUAUAAACAUUGUGAUAGUUGGGAUUGUCCUUCUGGAGGAAGAUCAGCCAGGUCUUUUAAUAAACCACCAUGCAGACCGCACUUUGAACAGCUUCUGUCAGUGGCAGUCGGGAUUGGUGAGCAAGGACGGUAGUCGCCAUGAUCAUGCCAUUCUGUUGACGGGCCUUGACAUUUGUUCAUGGAAGAAUGAACCUUGUGAUACUUUAGGUUUUGCACCUAUCAGUGGGAUGUGUAGCAAAUACCGCAGUUGUACUAUCAAUGAAGACACGGGAUUAGGACUGGCAUUUACAAUCGCUCAUGAGUCUGGACACAAUUUUGGUAUGAUUCAUGAUGGAGAAGGAAAUGUGUGCAAGAAGUCAGAGGGCAACAUCAUGUCUCCAACACUUGCCGGUCACAAUGGGGUCUUCUCGUGGUCUGCCUGCAGUCGACAAUAUCUCUAUAAGUUUCUGAGUACUUCCCAAGCAACUUGUCUUGCUGAUGAACCAAAGCCAGCAAAGGAGUACAGAUACCCAGACAAGUUGCCAGGAGAACUCUACGAUGCUGACACACAAUGCAAAUGGCAGUUUGGGGAGAAGGCCAAACUAUGCAGGCUGGAUUUUAAAAAGGACAUUUGUAAAGCACUUUGGUGUCACAGAGUUGGCCGAAGGUGUGAAACAAAAUUCAUGCCGGCUGCUGAGGGCACCAUCUGUGGGCUUGACAGGUGGUGCCGUCGUGGGCAGUGUGUGAAGCAUGGGGAUUCAGGACCCAAACCAAUAAAUGGACGCUGGUCCAACUGGUCCAUAUGGUCACCUUGUUCAAGGACCUGUGGAGGAGGAGUGAUGAGCCGAGAACGUCACUGCACAAGCCCAAGGCCCCAGUAUGGAGGAAAAUUCUGUGAUGGUGGUACUCGUAUGUACAAGCUCUGCAAUAAUCAAAAUUGCCCCAAAAAUAGUAUUGACUUCAGAUCACAGCAAUGUGCUGAAUACAAUAGCAAGCCAUUCCGAGGGUGGUACUAUAGCUGGAAGCCAUAUGUGCAUGUUGAAGACCACGAUCUUUGCAAACUCUACUGUGCUGCAGAGGACUUUGACUUCUUCUUUGCUCUUUCAAGUAAAGUCAAAGAUGGAACACCAUGCUCAGAGGAAAGAUCUGAUGUGUGUAUAGAUGGCAUAUGCGAGGCAGUUGGAUGUGACCGUGUUCUAGGUUCUAAAGUUGAGCCAGAUGCUUGUGGGGUCUGCAAAGGGAACAACUCGACGUGUAAAAUCUUCAAGGGUCAAUACACCAAACAGCACUAUGUAAACCAAUAUUAUACAGUAGUCACCAUCCCUGCGGGAGCACGUAGCAUUCGCGUGCAUGAACUAAACAUCUCCAAUGCUUACAUAGCCAUUAGAAACCAACAGCAGAAAUACUAUCUCAAUGGCCAUUGGACGUUGGAUUGGCCUGGUCGACACCGUUUUUCUGGGACGAUAUUUGACUAUAAAAGGCCAUACAAUCGACAGGAAAGCCUUUCUGCCACUGGCCCUACUAAUGAAACAUUAGUAGUAGAGAUACUACUACAGGGAAAAAAUCCCGGGAUCGGAUGGGAAUUUGCCUUGCCAAAGUCGGAGACUGAGAAUAAGGCAGCUCCAAAACACAAUUACACAUGGGCUAUUGUUCGUUCUGAAUGCUCUGCCUCUUGUGGAGGAGGUCAGAUGACAACAAGGGUAGCAUGUUACCGAGAUCUUCGUGCCCAGGUAAACCUUUCUUUCUGCAAUUCAAGGAGUCGACCCACCACUGGAGUGACCUCCUGUAACCCACAGGCUUGCCCUGCAAGCUGGGCUGUUGGUGACUGGGGAGAAUGCAGCCAAACGUGUGGAAGAGGUGAACAGCACAGACAGGUCCGCUGCACUCGAAGAGUUGCUUACAAUAAGCUGGAAGAUGUGCACCAGAUGUUGUGCCCAUUUCCGGUGCCGACCCGAAAGCAAGCGUGCAAUACUCGUAACUGUCCACCUGCAUGGAGUGUAGGAGCCUGGUCUGAGUGUUCCCGAACAUGUGGGAAAGGAUGGAGGAAGAGGAGUGUUGUUUGUAAGAGCACACAUCCUACUCCAGGCACUCAGAUUCUGCAUGGGAGUGCUUGCAAAGCCCAGCCAAAACCCAAGACCCAGGAAGCCUGCCUGCUGAAGCGUUGUCAUAAACAUCGCAAAAUGCAGUGGUUUAUUUCUACAUGGACUGAGUGCUCUGUAACUUGUGGUAAAGGGAUUCAGAAGAGACACUUAAAGUGUGCAGACAAAGACACUUCUGGAAAAUACAAAGAAUUUGCUCACAAAAGAUGUAAUCACUUGCCAAGACCCAACCUGGAGCUGGAGAGAGCCUGUGUUCUACGAGCAUGUCCCAAACCACCAAAUGAGGCAGCUUUCAGCAAUGCACUGACAAGCUGGUACGCCUCACCCUGGUCUCAGUGCUCAGUAAGCUGUGGCGGAGGGGUGCGAGCCCGUGCAGUACACUGUCUUGCGUAUGGCAGACCUACCUCAGGCUGUCUUCUGCAUCAAAAACCUGCCUCGACAGAAGCUUGCAACACCAAUUUCUGUCCUGUACCUGAAAAGAAAGAUGUUUUUUGCAAGGAUUAUUUCAACUGGUGCUACCUGGUGCCACAGCAUGGCGUUUGCAGUCACAAGUUCUACGGCCAGCAAUGUUGCAAAUCAUGCUCCAAGUCAAAUAUAUAAAAGAACCUACGAAUGAAUUGAAUUUUCAUAUGAACGAACUGCAGAUUUUAAUUUGUGUUGCGUCUGAUGACUGAAGAAGUAAAGACUGUCAAGACUUUAGCUUACACGUGAGACCUGGCAUCAUUCUACUCAUCAACAAAUGUGGUAAAAGACAGUUUUGUUUUAUAUUUUACCACCACCAGAUCAGUGUAACCUUUGCAGCUCUGUCCAUAUUGGAUCCUUAGAUUCCCAGGUGACAGUGAACAAUAACUAACUGAACAAUAUCAAGGACUUAAAUGAAAGAAUGGAAGAGAUUACCAUCUAAAACUUACUCAAACUGAGUCUUUUAAUUGACCUAUAAAAUGUGGCCAUGUAUAAUGAACUGAGCAAAGACCUUAAAAACCAGGAGGCAAUUAACAUACUGUGUAAAUGAGGGCAGAGAACAGGGUGGGUUUGGAGGGGUGCAGUGGGGUUGGAAAGAUAGGUGAAGUGAAUUUUCCCAGCUUAUUUAUUUUACCUCAUUUAGAUCAAUUGAUGACCAUUAAUGAAAACGCACUGUGCUAAACUAAAACUACUGUAGCUAAUAUGCCAUUGUAGUGAGCCCUAUACCCACUGGUUUAAAGAAGUGUUGGCCUUUAAGUGAUUCAAUGGUGCUAUUCUUUUUAAAGACCCGUAAGAGCAUGUAGCUGUUAAUUAUUAAAUCAUACUCUCAAAAUAUAUAUUUAAAUCUGUAGAAGCAGAUACAAGUGGACUAUUUUGAGAGACGAGAUAAUAAUUACUUCAGUGCAUGGCAGGAAUUUGAAGGUAUUUUAUUUAUUUAUCAGACUGAUAGGUCUUUUUAGAACUGGUGGUCAUUGUUAUUGAAAAUGAAGUUCCACUCUGUGCACUACAGCUAAUUGUGUGCCAUGACUGGGAGAGAGCCAGAGACCGACUUUAAUCUGUGUCAUUCUUUUUAAAGUAUCAUUCAUUAUAGUACUUUCACAUUAUUAUUGUUGAGCUUCAUGGUACCACUAAAUUAACAAUGGUGCUUUCAAUUGCAACCUUAGUAGAAUUUUUUUAAAAAGCAAAAGUUCUAAUUUAUUUACAAUUAUCUUGCAAAUUUGUUGAUAUUUUUGCCUUUUGCAAAAAAGCAAUGCACAGUUUAAAUAAUCAGAAUUGUUGAAGUACCAUGGUUACUUUAAACUUUAUGCAAUU